UGUUUCACAUGUCGUGUGAGCUGAUCGUGGCGAAGGCAGGUGAACGUGCUUUUGAGUCUACGGAAAGUCUCACCGCAUCUUUGCGACUCCUAUAGCGCCGGGAUUAUCGGAAGUAUGAAGCCCCGUUGGGCGACUUCGCUCUUCCUUCUUCUUGGGGCCGCCUGUUACGGUGCGGGCCUGGUGCUGGGCAGGGUGAUCUCGGACGAACUCCUGGAAUGCUACCGCGACCUGGGCGCGAACCCGGUGCCGCUGAGCACCGCCUCGCUGGUGACGCUGGUGCGCAAGGUGGAGCGCAUGGAGAACGCCGCCACGCUCGACCUUCGCACGCUCUCCUACACGCUGCUGCACAGGUUCCGCGCGGACGGCUUGGAGCGGGACCCGGACGCGGUGUUCAGCGAGUUUGUGGUGCCGGUGAGGCAGAGCGGCCGGCAGGCUCUCAAGUGGGACAUUCUGGCCGAGCAGCUGCUGCCGGGCAACUCGCUGCUCUUCCCCGAGGAGAGCCUCACGCAUCACGAGAAGUGUGCCCUGCAUAUAAUGCUGUCGAGUUCAGUUGACCCUUCCGAGUGCUUCUCAAAGGGGACCAACAACUCAAGUGUACCAAUCACGACGGGCUGCCGGGAGCGCGGCGUGGUGAACGACACGCGCGGCGCCGUGUCGGCGGGGACGGUGGUGGCCGCGCUGUGCGCCGCCUCGCAGCCGCAGACGGUCAGCCUGCGAGACCUGCUGGCGUCGGCGGCGGAGGCGGGGCUGGCGCCCGUGCUGUCCGCCGGCACCUCGGCCGUCGCGCCGCGGGACCGCGAGAAGCUGGAGAGCCUCAAGGCGUACUCCGACAUGGGCAGCGCCGCCGCCGUCGACAGCCUCUGGGCCAGCACGCUCGCCGGAGACCUGUCCGAGGUGGCCGUCUACCAGGGCCCUCGCGUGGCGGCCGUCCGAGUGGGCGCCGCCGGCUUCUGGGACGACCCGCUGCUGCCCAUCAACUACAUCAUCGGCCACAAGGUCAUCAUAGACCUCACCGACGCCGAGCUCCGCGGCGGCAUCGACGGCCUGGUGCUGGGCGGCGGGCUGCGCGCGUGGCUGGAGCAGAUGGGCCGCCUGCGGCUGUCGCAGCUGCUGGAGAUGUACUACUCGCCGCGCGGCGUCGUGCUGGACGCCCAGGGGCAGCUGAGGGCCUGCCAGCGCUCCGGCGUGCUCUCCACCGCGGGCUACGGGCUGCGCCUGCGCAACGAGACGCUGAACAUGGCGCGGCUGCUGUACAUGAGGUCUGACGGGCCGCAGCUGAGCGACGCGGCCAUACAGAACUACACCAACGCGUCCGUCAGCGCCUUCUCCAGUUACUACCGUGAUGUCCUGGCGAAGGACCCAUCUUGCGCUGGAGAACUCUGGAAUCCUCCCUACGUUCACCUGCUCGUCGUCAUGGACUCCACGUGGACGCCCAAAGAGGCAAUUCGCCUCCUCACGUUCCUGGCCCAGCAGGCGGACGUGUCGGAGCUGGGAAGUUCGCUCAGCCUGCUGGACGGCCGCGGGGGACGCUGGGUAAUCAACGGCUCCAGGCGCUUCACCGACGUGCCGCAGGCGCUGCACAACGAGUCCCUGCUCUCCUGGACGUCCGGCGUGGACCUGUCGCGGUCUCUGCUCGCCGUGGCUGACCGGCUGCGCGAGCUGCGGGGGCCGGUGGGGGGCGCGGCCGCCGUGCUGCUGCUGCUCUGCUACAGCUCCUCGCUGUCCGACGCCGACCUGCAGGCGGCCGCCGACCAGCUCAGCGCCAUCAACGCCUCCUUCCCGGAGCUGGCGAUGGUGGCGGUGACGUCGGACGUGAACGCCGGCCGCUUCCAGCCGCUGGUGGGCGACGCCGGUCCGGUGUUGGUGGCGCCGGACAGCCGGGCAGAGACGGUGGUCCCGCUGGUCACGCAGCACCUCUCCACAGUGCCUGGCAGACUGGUGCCCAGCUCCUGUGGCUCAGAGACUGUGGGGCAGAGCAGCGAACUGGAGCUCUACCUGACGCCCGGGCUCACCACGCGCAUGCGCAUACAGCCGCAGUACCUGUCUCCCGGCUCAACAGUCACACUGCAGGUGCACAGCGCCGGCUACGGCGUGGUGCGCGCCUGCCUCACCAGCGAGGGCGCAGCCGCCAGCACGGCCAGCGUCAGCGAGGGCCGCGCCGCCGUGGAGGGCUGCGCCGAGCUGUCCGGGAGCAGCGUGUCUCUCAACGCCACCGCCAGGGGCGCGCCGCUGCUGCUCGCCCUCACGCCCACCAGCAGCCUGCACAAGUGCGCAGAGGACGACUGCCGCUUCCCGGACCAGGUGCGCGUGACUGUCCGCCACAGCGGGCUGGUAUGUCCCGGUGAUCGGCAACUGUCCGCCGCGCCUGGCGUCUCGCUUCCCGGGAUACUCACACUCGCUCUGGCGGCGCUGCUGUCGCUGCUGCUGACGGCGGGGAGUCCCCGCACCUGACACACAGCGCCAGCGUUCAGCACUCGAUGCCGGCGUCUACGAGGCACGGUUUCUGCGUCAGCGGCCUCGCACCUCUCAGGAAUUUCUGCGGUUCCUCAUCACUCAGUCGCUUUCACCCAUACUCUUGUUAAUUUAUAUUUGGUCGUGUUGGAUGUUUUUUCUACUGCAUAGUUAUCAUAGUUUUACAUUGCUUUUCUUUUUUUUUUUUUUUUGCCUUUGAGAACGUAUUCUUGGGGACAGCAUUUACUGGGAUAUUUGUGCAACCGAAAGCUACCAAGGUACAGUUUACCACAGUGCAUCUAGUGGGAGAGAGUUUCGAGAAGUGAACAGACUGUACGACAAUUGUGUACAGUGUCAUCAGGGGAGAUAUGGAGAAAAUUUUUUAUAUCUCUGUGGAGAAGGAAUCACUUAUUACAUUAUAUCCGUUGCCAUUUAUAUAAUGUUGCCAUCGGUACAACUGUGGUCAUAUAUUUACAUCUCUGUAUACCAUAGAUGCAGCAACCAUAAUUUGCAUACUGUGUUGCUCACUGUUACAGAACUAAAUACUUCACAAAAUUUUCUCGAGUUUAGCUUGCCAUGCUGACGACUGGCUCACGAUACCGGACCGGCUCACCAGUGAUAUAUGAAAGCCAAGGACGAUAUCCACACGAGUGAAGCCUUGGUCUGCAGUGCCUCACGUGUCUCUGCUUUACACCUUCCCUACACUCUGUCCUGCGGAACCAAUACAUGUAAAAAAAUCAAAUGAGAUCUACUUUUUAAGCCUGGGCGGAAUAUAAAAAAUUCUCUUGUUCUUGAUGUGACGGUUUUAUCGCAAUUCCCCGAAGCUAUGGAAUUUUCCUGUAAAUAUUCAUCGCAUGUUUGUUUCCAGUUAUGUUCCACUUUUAUUUAUUUGGAUUCAGUUACGAGUCAUUUUCAAGUGUACUUCGUGUUCUGGUUUCAUAAAGUGACGCAUGUUGAUGCUACGGAAAGAUUCAAAAUAUCAGUUUUUUCGAAGACGUUGUAGUUAUUUCACACUGCGUUGCUAGCCUUGAUCAGUCUUGUCAUAUGGUAUAUUGUAGCGACUCUGUUUAGCAUACUGGUAUACAAGAGUUCUGCCAACAAGUAGUGCAGUGCUGUCUACUUUCUACCCUCUCCCUACCUCCCUUCCCCUCUCUCUCCGUAGUGUUCUUAUUUUAUUUACCCAAGCUGCAGCUCCGUUAUACAGUUUCCCAACAUACUCAAAAUUUCUACUUAAUCGUAUUGUUAUUACAGCAAAAACUGGUGUUAAGUGUUUUACUCGUAACUCGUGUAAGAAGUAAUGAUUAUCAAAGGCAUUUCACUCUUAGCUUUAACAAUUUGUCUGCCUUUAAGGUGU